CAGCAGGUGGAAGAGGAGAAGAAGUCCCUGAAGGAGCAGCUGGAACAGGAGGAGGAGGCCAAGCACAACCUGGAGAAGCAGGUUGCCACCCUGCUGGCCCAGGUGAGCAGCAUGGGAAGCCUGGAGACUGCUGAGAAGUGAAGCGGAUACUGUAGAAGGACCUGGAGGGGCUGAGCCAGCUCUACGAGAAGAAGGUGGCCGCCUGAGACAAGCUGAAGAGGAGGACGUGGCCACAGCAGUAGCUGGUCGGCCUGCUUGUGACUAGGACCACCAGUGGCAGAGCGUCUACAAGCAGAAGGAGCAGCAGAAGGUUGACCAGCUGUGCACCUGCACUGGGCCUGGCGCACCCUCAGCCCUUCCUGCAUUGCUGUGGUCCAGCUGCAGCUGGGUCCAGGGGUUCCUGAAAGGAAGAUGGAUUCCUAGAAUUCCCUCUUUCCACGACUGGACCUUGUGAGACAACAUGGUUGGAAGAGGACAUGGCAGUGCUUGGUAUUGCUCUGCUCCAGAGCCAGCAGGAAACCAGGAUGUCUGGACUUGGAAGAGGUGUGUGGUUUGUGCACUGACUCUGCUGGCGAGUGGAUCUGCUCGCCUAAGAGCAACUGGAUCCUGUUCCAGCUCCACCAGAGGAGGGUCCUUGGGGUGAAUUGCCACCUCUUUCUAGCUGGACACAGGAGGGCGAGCUGAAGGCAAAAACCCCGAGAUCCCACUGCUGAUACCAUGGCCUCAGAAGCUGGCAACGUCAACCCAGAGAGUGAAGGCUUUCUUCCUGCCAUUGGGUUCUUAGAGGACCCAAUGGACAUAGAGAAUCUGCAACACAUGCUGAGUGGUGAAGCCUGGGAGAGAUUUGUGGCUGCGGCGAAAUUGCCCAGGGAGGAGGCGGAUGCGCUGUAUGAAGACCUGAACCUGCUGAAAGAACUCAUGGCCAUGAAGGACAAAGAUAAGCCGUCACAGGACCAGCUGUUUAGGGAGAUGGUUCUGAAGGAGUUUCCUCAGGUGGAACAGGAGCUCGAGGAGCGCAUAGGGAAGCUCCACGCGCUGGCAGACAGCGUUGACGAGGUGCACAGGGACUGUACCAUCUCUAACGUGGUGGCUAGUUCCACUGGUGCUGUGUCUGGCAUUCUGACCAUCGCUGGCCUGUCCCUGGCACCUGUGACAGCAGGGGCCAGUCUGGUGCUUGCAGCAACUGGGGCAGGACUGGGGGCAGCAGCUGCCAUUACCAGUGUGUCCACCAGCAUCGUGGAAAUCUCAAAGAACAAAUCAGCAAAAGCCAAAGCCAGUCACCUACUGUCAGAUGCCAUCAACAAUAAUGAGCUGGUCAUUGAGUGUUUACGUCACAGUGCACCCAGAAUUGCUUCCUUAUCAAAGUGCAUCGAAUCCGUGCAGAAAAUUGUGAAGAACGUCCGUGCCUUCAAAGUGGCCAAAGCCAGGCCUCUCUUAGCAGCACAGGCCAAGGAUUUCAUGACCGCAGGGAAUAUCUCAAUCCGAAGCAGCAGGCGGGUACAGAAAGCUUUUGGUGGCACUGCUCUGGCAAUGACCAAAGGAGCCAGGGUGUUUGGUUUGGUCACUGCAAGUGCCUUCCUUCUGGCGGAUGUGUACACCAUUGUGAAGGAUUCAAUUCACUUGCAUGAGGGGCCAAAAACAGAGCUGGCUGAACAAUUGAGGGAGCAAGCCCAGGGGCUGGAGAGGAUGCUGAAGGGAAUCAAAGGGAUCCACAAGAUUCUGCAGGAUUUCAUGUGCUGCAAGGAUGAUGUACACAAGCUGGAAAAGUGUAAGUGGGCCCUGGAGGAGCUGGUGGAAGAAAUGAAGACCCAGCUCGAGGAGCUGGAGGACCAGCUUCAGGUCACCGAGGAUGCCAAGCUUCGGCUGGAAGUGAACCUGCAGGCCAUGAAAGCCCAGUUCAAGUGGGACCUGCAGGGCCAAGAUGAGCAGAGUGAGGAGAAGAGAAAGCAGCUGGUCAGACAGGUGCGGGAGAUGGAGGCAGAGCUGGAGGAUGAGAGGAAGCAGCGCUCGAUGGCCAUGGCCGCUCGGAAGAAGGUGGAGAUGGACCUGGAGGACCUGGAGGCCCAGAUCGAGUCAGCCGACAAGAACUGCUACAAGGCCACCAAACAGCUACGGAAUCUAGAGCCGCAGGUGAAGGACUACAUGCUCGAGCUGGAGGGCAGGUGCACCUCCCUAGAGGCGAUGCUGGCGCCAGCCAAGGAGAACCAGGAGAAGGGGAAGAGGAUGGAGGCUGAGAUGAUUCAGCUG